AAUCGGGCCGACGCUUUGGGGAGAUCGCUCCUUUGCUCCAAAUUACUUCGGAUUUUGGAAAGCAGCCGAGAGGAGAGAGAGGCGGCGAGAGCCCCGGAGAGAAGUCGAGGAAGAGCGAGCGCGCGCCGCGGCCUCAGCGAGAAGCGCGGGGCACGGGGCGCAGCCAGUGACCUGCUUUCGGGUGACCGCCGAGCGCAGCGUGCGGGGCGCCCUCCUCGCGGGACUCCCCGGGACCGCCCGCCCACAGACGGACAGGCCGACACCGCGCCUGGCCCGGCGCCCACCGUCUGCCCCUCGGAGCCCGCACGCGGAGGCGGCGUGGAGGGGGUCGGGGCGCGCGGCACUGCGCUGAAACUUUUCGCGCAACUUCUGGGCGGCUCUCGCCCCGGAGGAGCCGUGGUCCGCGCCGGGGCCACCGACCUGAGCGCAGCCGGCGAGAGGGCGAGCACGGGCCGCGAAGAGCCGCCACCGGAGCAGGGGGAGGCGGAAGGCGAAGAGGCGGCGGAGGCGGAGCGGGGGCCGCGGCGGGCGCUCGGCUCUCAGGGGCCGGGCCCAUGGACGGGUGAGGCGGCCGAGUGCGCAAACAGUGCCCCGGCCGCGCGCGCGCCCCAGGCCCCGGCAGGAAGAGGAUCCCGCCGAGGCGCGCAGGAGAGCGGGCCGUCCCGCAGCCCGAGCCGCAAAGCGAGCGCGCGCCGCGCCGGCCCCGGCCGGGCCUCCGACACCAUGAACUUUUUGCUCUCCUGGGUGCACUGGAGCCUGGCCUUGCUGCUCUACCUCCACCAUGCCAAGUGGUCCCAGGCGGCACCCAUGGUGGAAGGAGAGCAGAAUCCCCGUGAAGUGGUGAAGUUCAUGGAUGUCUACAAGCGUAGCUACUGCCGUCCGAUCGAGACGCUGGUGGACAUCUUCCAGGAGUACCCUGAUGAGAUCGAGUACAUCUUCAAGCCAUCCUGUGUGCCCCUGAUGCGGUGUGGGGGCUGCUGUAAUGAUGAGAGUCUGGAGUGUGUGCCCACUGAGGAGUUCAACAUCACCAUGCAGAUCAUGCGGAUCAAACCCCACCAAGGGCAGCACAUUGGGGAGAUGAGUUUCCUCCAGCACAGCAGAUGUGAAUGCAGACCAAAGAGAGAAAGAGCAAGGCAAGAAAAAAAAUCAGUUCGAGGAAAGGGAAAGGGGCAAAAACGAAAGCGCAAGAAAUCCCGUCCCUGUGGGCCUUGCUCAGAGCGGAGAAAGCAUUUGUUUGUACAAGAUCCGCAGACGUGUAAAUGCUCCUGCAGAAACACACACUCGCGUUGCAAGGCGAGGCAGCUUGAGUUAAACGAACGUACCUGCAGAUGUGACAAGCCGAGGCGGUGAGCCAGGCUGGAGGAAGGAGCCUCCCUUGGGGUUUCAGGAAGCAGACCUCUCACCAGGGAAGAUGGAUGCAGAGCACCUGAGACUCACCACGCCGCCGCCGCCGCCGCCGCCGCCGCCGCCGCCACACACCAUUACAUCGACAGAACAGUCCUUAAUCCAGAAACCUGAAAUGAAGGAGGAGGAGACUGCGCAGAGCACUUUGGGUCCGGAGGGCAAGGCUCCGACAGAAGCAUUCCCGGGCGGGUGACCAAGCACGGUCCCUCUUGGAAUUGGAUUCGUCAUUUUUAUUUUUCUUGCUGCUAAAUCGCCAAGCCCGGAAGAUUAGAGAGUUUUAUUUCUGGGAUUCCUGUAGACACACCCACCCACCCACAUACAUACAUACAUACAUACAUAUAUAUAUAUAUUAUAUAUAUAUAAAAAUAAAUAUAUAUAUUUUAUAUAUAUAAAAUAUAUAUAUUCUUUUUUUAAAUUAACUUUGCUAAUGUUAUUGGUGUCUUCACUGGAUGUAUUUGACUGCUGUGGACUUGAGUUGGGAGGAGAAUGUCCCUCCCAGAACAUGACAGGGAAGAGGAUGGGGUGAGAGACCUUGGUGUGAUCGCUUUGUCCCUUCUAGGGAGGCCAGGGUCCUCUCCUCUGCCGGGGAACAUGCAAAGCCAGGGCAUGGGGGCAAAUUUGGCUCACUUCUGGAAACACCGACAAACCCAGCCCUGGCUUCCCUGAGCCUCCACCCUGAGUCACACGGACAGAGAGACAGCUGACAGGUACAGGGAUGAGAACACUGGCUCCAGACGGGAGUUGGAAGCCUCAGGACACGGAGGGCUUGCAGAUCCCUGCCACAUGCUACCUGGAAGAGUCAGAGUCCGACAGCCUUCACCUGAGUGCAACUGAUUCCCGUCACCCAAGAGGCACAGAUGGGUGUCCUCGUGAAGGAGAGGGACAUUGGUAGAAGAAAUGCCGGGUGAUGGCUCCACCCGGGGCCCCCUCAUCCUCUCCCUGCCCUCCUUACCCCCUGAGCAGCCCAGGAGGGCAUCUUGUCCUCAGACUAUUGAAACCACUAGUUCUGUCCCCCAGGAGACCUGGCUGUGUGUGUGUGAGUGGUUGUCCCUUCUGUCCCCAUCCCUCCCCUCCCCUCCCCUCCCCUCCCCUUCCUGAGGCACAGAGAGACGGGCAGGAUCCAUAUGCCCACCACGGAGACAGAGAAAAGAGAAAGUGUUUUAUAUACGGUACUUAUUUAAUAUCCCUUUUUAAUUAGAAAUUAAAACAGUUAAUUUAAUUAAAGAGUAGGGUUUUUUUCAGUAUUCUUGGUUAAUAUUUAAUUUCAACUAUUUAUGAGAUGUAUCUGUCCCUCUUACUUGCUCUCUUAUUUGUACUGGUUUUUGUGUAUAAAAUCCAUAUUUCCAAUCUCUCUCUCCCUGCUUGGUGACAGUCACUGGCUUGUCCCGAACAGAUAUUUAAUUUGCUAACACUUAGCUCUGCCUUCCCCAUUCCCCUGGCUCCCACCACACAUUCCUUUGAAAUAAGGUUUCAAUAUCCAUCUACAUACUAUAUAUAUAUAUUUGGCAACUUGCGUUUGUGUGUAUAUAUAUAUCCAUAUAUAUAUAUGUGUUUAUGUAUAUAUGUGAUUCUGAUAAAAUAGACGUCGCUAUUCUGUUUUUUAUAUGUAAAAACAAAACGAAAAAAUAGAGAAUUCUACAUACUAAAUCUCUCUCCUUUUUUAAUUUUAAUAUUUGUUAUCAUUUAUUUAUUGGUGCUACUGUUUAUCCGUAAUAAUUGUGGGGGGAAAAGAUUAACAUCACAUCUUUUGUCUCUAGUGCAGUUUUUCGGGAUAUUCCGUAGUACAUAUUUAUUUUUAAACAACAACAAAGAAAUACAGCUAUAUCUUAAAAGCAUUUUGUAUUAAAGAAUUUAAUUCUGAUCUCAAA